AUGGCCGAAUCUACCGCUGCCGAAGGUCUUCUGACCCUCUGGCAUUCGUUCCGCCUACCACUCCUCGUUGCGCUCGUCAGCGUCCUCGUUAUCGUCCGUCUCCGUCGCGUGCUCCAAGCUCGAUCUAAGACCGCUACCGCAUCCUCCGUCCCACCCUCACCGCGCAGUUCGUCUCCAGAAAAAAGUACCAAGUCCGUUGAACCUGUCAUCUCCGAGAAGCAGGACUCUGGCGUGCCGAACAGUGGCCGCGUUUCGCCGAAACCGGCCAACGGGCCGAAGAGAGUGACUGGUAGGAAGCCGCUGAAGUCUGCUGGGAAACGGUCAGGCUCGAGAUCCGGCGAGGAAGAGCAGUCUGUGACACACAUUCAGCCUAUCAUCUUCUGGGCGUCGUUGACUGGAAGCACCGAGAGAUACGCCAAAGUACUGCUGGAGGAUUUGCGGGCGGCCGCGCAGAGCCAGGCCGACCCGGAGAACCGCGAGCGCGGACUUCUGCCCCCUCAGAUCUACGAUUUGGCUGAAGUUGACUACGAGGACUAUUUUACCACGGCACCUAAGCCCCCUUCGACCUCGCCCGGCACACGCUAUGUCUACUGCUUCCUUAUUCCCAGCUACAACAUCGACACUAUCUUGGACACCUUCCUCGGUCACCUCGACGAGACUCACCAUGACUUCCGCAUUGACACGGGAUCAUUGUCGACUCUCGCUGGAUACGCUGUUUUUGGAUUUGGAGACAAGGAAGGAUGGCCGACUGAAGAGGAAGGAUUCUGCUCGCAGGCUAAAGAGCUUGACAGGUGGAUGGCUAAGCUUACCAACAAGAAGCGAGCAUACCCUCUUGGCUUUGGUGACGUGAAGAGCGACGCUGAGGCUUCUCUGAGAGAAUGGUCUGGCGGACUCCAGGAUAUCCUCGGCGACAUCGUGAAGAACGGUGGCUUGGGCGAGGGUGUUCCUGGCAGCGGUGACCCGCUUGAGAGCGACGAAGAGCUAUCUGACGACGAAGAGUCUGACUCAAAGUCAAAGGCUCGUAGAAAGCCGCAGGCUGUGGUAGACUUGGAGGACAUCAAGAUGGGCGCCGACGGCCAAGUUGCGGGCUCACCUAUCCCGGUUGACUUCACCACCUCUGGACUAUCUUCUCGCGACUAUCAGCCGACUGAAAAGGAAAUGGUACCCAAGACAUCUCCCACAUAUGCCUCUCUCACGAAGCAAGGAUACACGAUUGUCGGUUCCCACUCUGGCGUCAAGAUCUGUCGCUGGACCAAAUCUGCCCUUCGCGGACGAGGAUCAUGCUACAAGUUUUCGUUCUACGGAAUCCGAUCGCACCUGUGCAUGGAAGCGACUCCGUCUCUAUCCUGCAGUAACAAAUGUGUCUUCUGCUGGCGACAUGGCACGAAUCCCGUUGGCACCACCUGGCGCUGGAAAGUCGACUCGCCCGACCUAAUCUUCAACGGCGUCAAAGAAGGUCACUACAAAAAGAUCAAGAUGAUGCGCGGCGUCCCCGGCGUCCGCGCCGAGCGCUUCGCCGAAGCAAUGCGCAUUCGCCACUGCGCCCUCAGUCUCGUCGGCGAACCAAUCUUCUACCCGCACAUCAACCGCUUUCUCGACCUCCUCCACUCCGAACACAUCUCCAGCUUCCUCGUCUGCAACGCCCAACACCCGGACCAACUCCAAAACCUCCACCGCGUAACACAGCUGUACGUCUCCAUCGACGCCAGCAACCGCGACAGCCUGCGCAAAAUCGACCGCCCCCUGCACCGCGACUUCUGGGAGCGCUUCCAGCGCUGCCUCGACAUCCUCCGCGAAAAGCGCCACAUCCAGCGCACCGUCUUCCGCCUCACGCUCGUAAAGGGCUUCAACAUCGACGACGAGGUCGUCGGGUACGCGAACCUCGUCGAAAAGGCGCUCCCCUGCUUCAUCGAGAUCAAGGGCGUCACGUACUGCGGCACGAGCACAAGCGCGGGCGCCGGCCUCACCAUGCAAAACGUCCCCUUCUACGAGGAGAUUGCCGCCUUUGUCGUGCAGCUCAACGAGGAGCUCCUCCGCCGCGGGCUGGACUACGGCAUCGCCGCCGAGCACGCGCACAGCUGCUGCGUGCUCAUUGCGUCGGAGCGGUUCCGCGUGAACGGCAAGUGGCACUCGCGUAUCGAUUACCCGCGCUUCUUUAAGCUGCUGGAGAAGGAGAAGGCAGAGGGCACGCCAUUCCGGCCUGAGGAUUAUAUGCGCGAGACGGAAGAGUGGGCGCUUUGGGGGAAUGGCGGGUUUGAUCCGAAUGAUGAGCGCGUGUUUAGGAAGGGGAAGGAGGCGAAGAAGGCGCUCGGGGAGAAAGACGCUGCGACAGUGGAAGUAGUGGCGUGA